CUCAUUAUCCAGAGGAUGACUGUCACUUACUCCAGUAAGGUAGCAAAUGCUACUUUCUUUGGAUUUCAUAGGUUACUCCUGAAGUGGAGAGGCAGCAUCUACAAACUGCUGUACAGGGAAUUUAUUGCCUUUGCUAUUCUUUACACGGCAAUAAGUAUGAUGUACAGAUUGUUACUUACAGGAGCCCAAAAACGUUACUUUGAAAAAUUAUCAAUUUACUGUGACAGAUAUGCUGAACAAAUUCCAGUAACCUUUGUGCUUGGGUUUUAUGUAACUCUGGUGGUGAACCGAUGGUGGAACCAAUUUGUCAAUCUACCAUGGCCAGACAGACUGAUGUUUCUGAUUUCCAGCAGCGUUCAUGGAAGAGACGAAUAUGGUCGUUUACUCAGAAGAACCCUCAUGCGCUAUGUCAAUUUAACUUCCCUACUCAUCUUCCGCUCCGUGAGCACCGCGGUGUUCAAGAGAUUCCCGACAAUAGACCAUGUGGUAGAGGCAGGCUUUAUGACAGCAGAAGAAAGAAAAUUAUUUGAUCACCUUAAGUCUCCUCAUCUGAAAUACUGGGUUCCAUUCAUCUGGUUUGGAAAUUUGGCAUCGAAAGCCCGAAAAGAGGGAAGAAUCAGAGACAGUGUUGAUCUACAAUCAUUAAUGACUGAGAUGAAUCGGUAUCGAUCUUGGUGCAGCCUCUUGUUUGGCUAUGACUGGGUUGGGAUUCCACUCGUCUACACUCAGGUAGUCACUCUUGCUGUCUACACUUUCUUCUUCGCAUGCUUGAUUGGACGACAAUUUUUGGAUCCCACCAAAGGCUAUGCAGGGCACGAUUUAGAUCUCUACAUUCCCAUCUUUACGCUCUUACAAUUCUUCUUCUAUGCAGGAUGGCUCAAGGUGGCCGAACAACUUAUCAACCCAUUUGGUGAAGAUGAUGACGAUUUUGAAACUAACUGGUGUAUAGAUAGAAAUUUACAGGUAUCCCUUUUGGCUGUGGAUGAAAUGCACAUGAGUCUACCCAAGAUGAAGAAGGAUAUUUACUGGGAUGAUUCAGCUGCACAGCCACCAUAUACACUGGCAGCUGCUGACUACUGCAUUCCCUCCUUCCUGGGAUCAACGAUUCAAAUGGGGUUGUCCGGGUCCUACUUCCCUGGCGGAGAAGAAUGGCUUUGGGAUGACGAGAAGCACGGCCCGAGGCGUUCAGUGAUCAGGAAAGUGAAACGCUUCCUGAGUGUCCACGAAGCCCCCAACAGCCCAGCGAGGCGCAGUUACGGGAGGCAGGCGAGCGACAGCUCCGUGUUCUUCCCCACAAGUGAACUGAGCCACGUGAGCGGCUUGCUGGACGUGCCCCCCCGAGGCCGCCAGGCCCGAGCCCGAGCCAAAAAGAAGCUCGCUCCGGAGGAGAGCAGCCCCAAGCUCCACGCCAGCAUGGGAGACCUGUCUGUGAUUAGAGAAACCAGCCGGACGAGCACGUUGAUGAGCCUGACCCCACAGUCCAGCGCUAAUGCCUCCCCCACAAAAACAAGCCUUCGAGUGCCCGAAGUGUUGGUCACUUCCGCCGACCUGUCGACGCCAACAUCCCUGGACAGCUACCAGCCCAGCCCGCUGUCCUCCAUCCCAGACUCUUUGCUUUCGGGAGUUCAGCCAAUCAGAGCUGAGCGGGCGGCGGAGCGGGAGGAUUCCAACCCGGCCCCUUCCCAAACGCCGCAGGCCAUUUCACCCGAAACGGAAGCCCAGAUUCUCGAGUUCGCUUUUGAGAACAGCGCCGAGGACAAGUACCCCAAACGGUGGAGCCUCCCAGGAUUCCUCGAGUCUAGUCAAGCCUCCUUGUCAGGACUCAGCUCCGACCCUGCGGCCCCUGAAACUAUUCUUUUAAUAGACACAGAGACGUCCUCGGAGACCAGCGGAAUUCACUUCGUGGCUGCCCCGCACACCCCUCCGGACGUUUAUGAUUUGUUAGAACAACUGGACACCAAAGAAACAGAUAUCACAGACUUCAAUAACGAACACCCUGAAGCAUCACCGAAAGGAAUGGCCCAAGGUUCCGGGAUCUGGUUCUAGCUUAAGACCCUCGGACAGUUCUCUCUACCCCCCACUAGCUCACUUUGGCCAACACUGAGAACCGUCCAAAUGAUGAUGUUCUGCGAUCUGUUAAAACUGCGGGAAGAGGGAACAGAAUGGGUCAGCUUUCCUAAAGAAGAAAAAAGAAAGAAAAAGAAAAACCCGAUCAAGAGUCAUUUAUUAAGUUUCUGCUGUGUGCCAGGCACCCUACUAGGGACGGGGUGUGCAAGGAUUUUUAGGAAAACCAUUAUUGAUCACAGGCUUGUUUCCAGGGAAGUUACCCAGGCUCCAGGCCCAUAGCUUUCUAACUGAACAACGGAUCUGUCCAAACAACAUCACACAACGAGAAACACCUGCUGGGCUUUUUUUCUUUGCCACUGGCCCUAGACUGGCUUUGGACUUUCUUCUUCCGGAAGGCAGGGAAUUAAUGAACCUUUCAAGCUCCUUCCCCACCCUACUGGCUCUGGCUAGGACUUACUCUCCAUCUUGGCAGUUCAUGAAGUUUUUCUAUUAUCUCACUUAAAUCAUCUUAUCGUUGUGCUCCUUAAUGAUUUUUUCCCUCCAUUUUAAGAAUGUUUUCUUUUCCUA